AUGAGUUCCUCUUCUUCAAUUGCAGGAAUCUCCGUCAAGUCCGUCGGAGACAAACACGAGGUCGUCUUCAGCGGAGACGUUGUGGACGAUGAUGUGGUUCUGCCCACCAUUAGCAACCAGCUUGACCGAGUCAUGUCCGUCAUGUCCGAGAAGUUCCCCGAGAAGGGUCCCGAGGACGUCGAGGAGAAGCCUGCUGCUCCUCCCUCUCCCUUUCCUCCCGGCUUCCGACCUCCUCCUGAUGGAGGCUACGGAUGGGUGUCUGUGGGCUGUGCCCUGGCCAUCAACGCCACCUCUUGGGGUGUAAACUCGUCCUUUGCCGUGUUCCUGGCCCAUUACUUGCGAUACCAGACGUUUGCCGGAGCUACUGCCACUGAUUAUGCCUUUGUUGGUGGGUUGGCUCUUGGAACCGGUUUCCUCUUUGCUCCCCUUUACAUUAAGGUGACCCAGUACGUUGACCUUCGAAUUCUUCUAUUCAUUGGAGCUUGCAUGCAGACCGGAUCUCAGAUUUCUGCCUCUUUCGCAAAGGAGAUCUGGCACCUUUACUUGUCCCAGGGUCUGCUCCAGGGUCUCUCCCUCUGUGUUCUGUUUGUUCCCACCAUCAACAUUGUGCCCAUGUGGUUCCUCAAGAAGCGAUCUCUCGCUAAUGGCCUGUCUGUUGCUGGAUCCGGUGUUGGAGGAGUGCUUUUCAUUCUGACCACCCAGCGAUGGAUCAACAUCUGGGGCCUGGAGUGGGCAUUCCGAGCUACUGGUAUCAUGACCUUUGUCAUCAACACCUGUGCCGCCAUUCUAAUCCGAGAGCCAAACCCCGGCUUCAAGAUGAAGUUCCCCUGCUUCAACUACAAGCUCUUCUUCCACUACGAAUGUGCUCUCAUCUUCGCCUGGGGCUUCUUCUCUCUCGCUGGUUACAUUGUCAUGCUCUACUCCGUCUCUGCUUCCGGUCUGGCUAUUGGCCUUACCAACGACCAGGCUACCAACAUUUCCGCCAUUAUGUCUGGUUCCAUGGCAAUUGGUCGACCUCUGGUGGGAUACCUGUCCGAUAAGUUUGGCCGAAUCAACAUGACUUUGGUUGCCGCAGCUCUCAUUGUCAUCUUCGACCUGUGUAUCUGGCUGCCCGCCACCUCUUACGGUGUGUACAUCUUCUACGCCGUCUUCAACGGUCUCAUUGUUGGAACCGUCUGGGUUGCUGUUGGACCCAUUGGUGCCGAAGUUGGAGGUCUCCAGUUGCUGCCUACCCUCGCCGGUAUGAUCUUCACAGUCUUCUCCAUCCCUGCUUUCUUCUCCGAAGUCAUUGCUCUGAAGAUCCGACGAAAUAACCCCACCAAGCCCUUUGUGUGGACCCAGGUUUUUGCCGCCUUUGCCUUCAUCUUCUCGGCCAUUUGCCUGCUCUUCCUCCGAGAGGUGCGAGUCCGGAAGGCUCUUGCCAAGCAGCGCGAGGAGUCUCCCGACACUGCUCCCAUGCCUACUUUCUGGCAGCGAUUCUUCUCCCGAGGAAAGUACUAG